AUGAGUUCAAUGCGCUUCGCACCGUCAGGCGCACACACCACCAUUCCCGUCCCCAAGCCGCUGGACCUCGUGCAUGAGAUUGUCCCCUCCGGGCACGGCUUGGGCGCUCCGUCGACACGCCACAAGGCCUACCUCCUCAUGACCAUCAUCACCGGGGCAUCACUAUCACACUGCAUCGACGCGAUCCCCAACCACGACUACCCGCGCAUCGUGCUGCAGCUCCGAGACGCCGUGGAGCAGCUCCGCCACACCCCCAAGGACGUCAACCCCUCCGCGGCCAUCUGCAAUGCCGGGACCCGCGCACCCGCGACUUCACCCCGAUCGGCCCGUUCGAGGACGAGGCCGGCUUCAGCCAGUGACUGCGCUUCCCCGCCCACCCGAGGCGCCGCGGCCACCGGGUCGUCUUCACCCACGCGGACCUGA